ACGAUGCGGGAAAAGGGCAGUUAAGGAGGGAAAAUUUUCAAAAAUGAAAGACGGGGGGAGCCGAGAGGGUAAUUUAUUUAAUUAAUUUAUAAAUAAGGUGUUCGAAUCAAAUUUCAAAUGAGAUAGAGAGAGAGAUGAAGAGAAUAAUGGAAACGGAAGAGGAAGAGGCGGAGUUCCUGUCGGCAGUGGAGGCUGCUGAAUCAUUUGCCAAGCGCCGUAAACCUAACCAAGACGAAACGGAGGGAGCCUACACUGCUGCCCUCAAAGGGAGCAAAAGCCGUUUCUGGCAACACAUUAACCCCCUUAAUACCUGGCAGUGCAAGAGCAGAGUUGCUGCUUCAGCUGCAGCGGGAUCAGAUUCAGAGAAGACUUGCCCCUGCGGCUCCGGUCCCUGUUUGAUUCUCACUGCUCAUACUGAAAGGAAUCGCGGCCGCAUGUUCUAUAAAUGUCCUCUCCGACAGGAAAAUGGAGGCUGUGGUUUUUUCUUGUGGUGUGACAAUGACAUUGCCUCCCAAACUAAUAACAUUCCUAUGCCUACCAAGGUAAGUUCUGGGGGUUCCUUCCAAUCAUGCAAUGAUCACAAUGUAUCAACUGCUCCUCUAGUUAGCGCUUCUAAAGGCUACUGCAAUAUGAAUGAUCGAAGCAACAACGCCUAUACCAUAAGAACCGGAUCUUCAUGCUUCAAAUGUGGAAAGGAUGGGCACUGGGCUAAAGAUUGUCAUGUUUCUUCAUCAGAUUCUCCUGCUGAAUUUGGAGGAAAGCCUGCUAAAUCUGGCACAUGCUAUAAAUGCGGUAAGCCUGGGCACUGGGCCAGGGAUUGCACCUCCAAGAAUGCCGGAAAUAGCUCUAAGUCAGUGUCAAAUUUGGCAAGUUAUUAGUUGACUGCAAAUUCCAAACAUUUCAAGACUACCAGUCUACCACCUGAUGUGUGCUUUGCGCCUUGCCCGACAAACAAGGUGUUUUCUUUUUCCACAUAUCAUGGCCUAGUAUAUAUAUUUUCAGCUCGGAAGUCUAUAGAAAGUAAAUAGGGUAAAUCAAACAUUUUGUUAAGUCUUCUAAUUGAAUAUUAUAUUCUGUUCAUUUUUCUAAUAUUUACCAACCCUUAUUAAUGUUUA